AUGUGGAAAAUUUGGAGUACGCUAUUAGGUGUGAGCUAUGCCUCUCAAACGAUCUUACGCGGGCCAUCAGCAUCGGACUUCACCACUUUCCAAAGCCCAAAUUCACCUCAUUCAAUACGCAUCCGACAACAAAAUGAGACAAUCUGUGCCACAGACUCAAUGCAGUAUACAGGCUGGCUAGAUAUUGGACAUAAACACCUAUUCUUCUGGUACUUUGACAGCCAGAAUGAUCCCGUCAACGAUCCAUUAACACUAUGGAUGAACGGUGGACCCGGUGCCUCAAGUAUGCUCGGCCUAUUCCAGGAGAUUGGUCCUUGUUUGAUAAACGAGCAUGGCAACGGAACCUUUCGCAAUCCAUGGGCCUGGAACCGAAACUCAUCAUUGCUUUUUGUUGAUCAGCCGGCCGGCGUUGGCUUUUCUUAUGUUGAUGAGGGCUGCGACAUCCCGCGCGAUUCUAAGGAGGCGGCUGUUGAUAUGCAUCAUUUUCUUCAAAUCUUCCUCUCUGAGAUAUUUCCUGAUAAACUGUCUUCGGAUGUUCACCUCUCUGGAGAGUCCUAUGCUGGCAAAUACAUUCCCUAUCUCGGGGCUGAGAUCUUGACCCAAAACGAACGAUAUCCUCAGGAGACCCAAGUCAAUCUCAAGUCAUGCCUAGUAGGCAAUGGUUUCAUGUCCCCUAAGGACACAUUCUACGGCUACUGGGAAACCCUUUGCACCACUAACCCCGGUGUUUCAACGCCCGUAUUCAAUAAGACUCGGUGCGAUAUUAUGGCGACUAAUAUGCCUCGGUGCAUGGACGUCGCUGAUACAUGCAUCCACAACCCCGACACUGAUAUUUGCAACACCGCUAGCUCUGUUUGUAUGGACGGUGUGACUUCUUGGUAUGAGAAUGAGAGCGGGGAAGGAGGCCGCAACCGCUUUGAUAUCACAGGGUCGUGUGUAGUCGAUAACUUUUGCUAUAAGGAAACGGAACAAAUUGAGCAAUAUCUUAAUUCUCCGGCUGUUUGGGCUGCUCUCUCACCACCAGAUGAGGUCAAGGAGUAUAAAAUCGAAUCUGACGCCGUUAUGAAAGCGUUUUGGACUACACCAGAGGGCAUGACCUACUCAUCUGAUGCUGUGCUACUCCUCCUUUCUCGUGGAGUACAUUUCUUGGCAUAUCAAGGAAAUCUCGAUUUAGCUUGUAAUACGGCUGGAUCCCAUCGAUGGGCGAAUUCGCUUUCCUGGAAAGGUCAAGUUGAGUUUUCAGCGAAGUCACUGCAGCCUUGGAUUUCGAAGGUGGAUGGUCGCGAUGAAGUGGUCGGCACGACUAAAGAAGUCCGGGUACAAUUUGAUGGUCAUACAAAAGUCGCAUCACGGUUUGCUUUGGUGACAGUUGACGGAGCGGGUCAUCUACUGCCCCAAGAUCGCCCGGAUGUCGCGUUUGAUAUACUGACACGGUGGAUUACGGGUGCUCCCUUCGUUGGCUCUUAAGACCCUUUCGAAUGCGCUACUGUGUAAAUACCUUUUGUCUGAAG